AUGGAUUCAUCGUUACAACGUGAUCUUGUUUAUAUUGAUAAAAGCCCAUCUUCAUUAUCACCGACGACUCAUGUACAAUUAGUGGAAAGUUCAAAACGUCCAUUUGGUCAUGAAAUUGUUAAUACACGUAACGAUGUUGUUUCCGAUCCAAUGGAUUUAGUUAAUUUAGCUCGUCAAAUUGAAACAUGUGAUCAAUUUAUACGAGCAAAUGUUUCAAAUCGUUUACAAGUAAUUGUUAAUCAAAUGAAUUUUUUACGAGAUGAAGCACAACGUAUUAUGGAUAAAGCAAAACGAGAUGAUGAAUUAAAUCAUUGUGCAUGUAACUUAGUACGAAAACCUGGACAAAUAUAUUAUUAUUAUCAGCGUGAUAGUGGUCAAAAAUAUAUGUCAAUUAUGGGACCAUCCGAUUGGUUGACAUCAUCUAAUAAAUGUCCACAUAAAUUUUUAGGAGCCUAUCUCUUGGAAUUUGAUAAUUCUUGGACAAAAAUUGCAACAGAAUUUGAUGAAGAUAUCGGAGAUAAUAUAAAUAACAGAGAUGUAAAAGAUGGUCGAAAAAUGAUUGAAUUUUUAAUUAAAAGUUAA